AUGGGCAUCCCGGCCGAGAACUUCCCCUUCUGCACCAUCGACCCCAACUCGGCCCGUGUGAACAUUCCGGAUGAGCGCUUCACCUGGCUGGUGGACCUGUACAAGCCCAAGGCCACCUUCCCCGCUUUCCUGGAGAUCGUGGACAUCGCGGGGCUGGUCAAGGGAGCGGCGCAGGGCGAGGGCCUGGGCAACGCUUUCCUGUCGCACAUCAUGGCCGUCGACGGCAUCUUCCAUGUGUGCCGCGCCUUUGAUGACGCGGACGUUGUGCAUGUGGAAGACCGCGUGGACCCCGUGGAGGACCUUGAGAUCGUGCACAGCGAGCUGCGUGCCAAGGACAUUGAGCGUAUCCAGGGCGUGAUCGAGUCCCUGAAGAAGCUUAUCCCAAGGGGCCUGACCAAGGAGCAGAAGGAGGAGAUGGCGGCCGCCGAGAAGGUGCUGGCCUGGGUGCAGGAGGGCAAGGACAUCCGCAGCGGCGACUGGACGGCAAUCGAGGUGGAGUUCCUGAACAACCACCAGUUCAUCUCGGCCAAGCCCGUGAUCUACCUAGUGAACCUGUCGGAGAAGGACUACAUCCGCAAGAAGAACAAGUGGCUGCCCAAGCUGUUUGAGUGGAUCCAGGCGCACGGCGGUGCGCAGCUCAUCCCCUUCUCUGGCGCCCUGGAGGCCAAGCUGUUCGACAUGCCCGAUGACGAGAAGGAGGCCUACUGCAAGGAGCAUGGGUGCACCUCGGCCCUGCCCAAGAUCAUCGUUGCUGGCUUCAAGGCGGUUCACCUCAUCUACUUCUUCACGUGUGGCCCCGGCGAGGUGCGAUGCUGGCAAAUCAGGAAGAACUCCAAGGCGCCGCAGGCGGCGGGAGCAAUCCACAGCGACUUUGAGCGCGGCUUCAUCUGUGCUGAGGUCAUGCACUACGACGAGCUGAAGGAGCUGGGCAAUGAGAAUGCCGUCAAGGCGGCUGGGAAGUACCGCCAGGAGGGCAAGACCUAUGUCAUGCAGGACGGCGACAUCUGCCAUUUCAAGUUCAACGUGACGGCGGAGAAGAAGAAGUGA